AUGGGCUCUGGUUCGAUAAAUACGAGCACCCUGAUUCAGACUAACGCUCUUCUGCAAAAGCGGCUUCCUGAUAGUAUUAAUAUUUGCUAUCGCGACACGUUCUUGAUUGAUAGUUCCUUGCCAAACAAGAGCACUGCAGCUAUCCUUACCACGAUACCAUGGCGAGGACCUAUUAUCACUGUAGGCCGGGACGGACGAAGCCUGGACCCUGAGAGCUGCCGAGACCUUAAUAUAAACAAUUUCCAGUACAUUGCCGAUCAUUUGAUUGCAUAUAGUCGCUGGUCGUUAGAUAUCACCCCUGGGAAGUCUCAUCAGGAGGUCGUCAAGGGCAUCAGGAUCAACUGCCUCGGGGAUCGCAAAAUCUUUGGCAAGCCACUUUAUAAGCCCGUUGAUAUUCUCUCAAUAGACUCAGUCUUCAGCCAAUUCUGGAAGGAUACAUCUGAUAUCGCAGACCGCAUCGGCCUCCCUAUCCUCACGCGCCAGUGCCCGCAAAGUCUCCGAUGGAUAAGAACAAAGGGACAGUAUGAUUUCGGCAGCAAGAGCCCGGACAACAACCAAAACGCCACCUUCCUCUACCUAUGCUGUGAUCCAAAAGCAGACAGCCUCCCCGCAGGUCCUGGCUGGUCUAUGGCAAGCUUUAAGUAG